CAAGUCUUCGCUUCAGGUAUUUAUUCUUUUACCAGGUCCAGGUCAUGGGGAGAAGGAUCUGAAACCUCUUGCGAAAGCUUCCGGUUUAUCGGGAGUCAGGCAUUGACAGUUGAGGCAAAGUCCUCACUCAUUCGCAGUAUUUGGCUCGAUAGUUGAAGUAGAACUACUGGGUAGGACUCCUGCGCUGUAAAUCUAGGUGUGGCUAUGCUCCAACACCAACAAAACACAUCCUAAUACAUCACACUUUUGCUGCCGACGACGAUAGUACACGAGUUCUGUCUCAUCCUUGUCACUUAUUAGGCAAAGUAUUAUAUCUGACGACGCGAUGAUUACAGCAUCAGCCUGACGGGCCACUUUCGUCCUGUUAAUUUACCAGGUCACAAAAUAAAUGCCGCUCAGUCCACGAGAAAACGUUUCCUGUCAAAAAUGUUUGGUUUGCUAACAUACAGGACAGGCAUCUGCAGCUUGUUUAAUUGAACAAGGCAAGGAUUUAUUUUCCGGUGAUAAUUUUCAGCAUUGCCAUAAUGCGCCAGCCAAGUCAUGGGUAUAAUUUCGCCAGUGAGUGAUUUGUUCAAGCGCAUGGAUGGCAGGGGUACCCUCACUUUAUGCAGGCAAGCAUCUGGGGAACACAACGUCUUUUUGGGCAAUUCGCCCUGAGCUAACAGAUGCUCACGAGACGAUAGUUCCUCGAAAGAUAUUUCUCCGCGUACCGCAACGGACGGUCUACCGCAGUCCUAAACGCCUCAUCGCAAGCGACCAAAAACAUUGGAAUCAUAGGGGGUUGCAGUGCUAUCGAAUACCCUGGCCAAUAAUUGAAACUUACGUCUGCUGUGCUGCCAGGUCUUCGGAUCCCAAGGAGAAUACCCCUGUUGGGCCCGUUUCAUCUAGACUCGGCUUAUCCUCUUGUGGGCUACCGUCUCCUUAUGAUACGGAGAAGCGAUGACAUUUUGAGGCUCCUCCGACCAAGACAUGGGACGGGGAACUGCAGACAUGCAAGUGCUCGCCUGCUUGGCCUUGUAAAACUGUAUUAUAGUAGGGCAUUAGCUCUCUGUUGCCGUGGCUUGGGUCCUAGGUCUUCUGUUCUGCUGGCUAGCAUUGUGUAUAGAGUAGUUGACUUAUGCGAACAAGGAAGGCCUUGAUAUCAAUCUUCCAAUG